CCCAACAAAUCUCAGUCGGGGAAAAUGAAUGGGUGUCAAAAGUAGCGUGAAACCGAGAGAUGGCGAUAAAACAACAGGCGGUGGCGCGCCACGCCUAUUCAACAAAAGAAGAAGAGCCCCAAGUAUGCCUUUGAAAACUGACAAGCCUGGAGAACUCGUUCGGUCGCGGCCCAUUUGACUCCCCGCGUUGCAGUGUGCCGCCGAGGCAAUGGCGACUCUCGGCCGAGCUCUGUGCAUCAUCACCGGGGCAUCCAAAGGUUUCGGCCGGGCCGUUGCGAAGGAGAUGGCCCGGCUGGUGGAGCCCGGUUCGGCGUUCGUCCUGGUUGCCCGAUCCGGGGACGAACUUCGGACUCUUCAGACGGAGCUGGCCGAGUCCGGCCUGGAGGCUCGGUGUGUGGUCUUGGAUCUGUCCCUCAACGAUUCACCGGAGAGGAUCGUCCGAACCGCGAAGGAGGUUUUUUCACCGGACAUAAAACAUGUUAUUCUCGUUAAUAACGCUGCCUCACUAGGUGACGUGUCCCGUUUCUGCAAAAGCUUCACCAGCAUGGCCGAGGUGGACUCCUACCUUUCUUUCAACGUCAGCUCAGCUUUGUGCCUUACUGCCGGCGUGCUGCAGGCCUUCCCCAAGCAGUCGGGUCUGCGCCGCUGCGUGAUCAACGUCUCCUCCCUGUGCGCCCUGAAGCCGUUUGCCUCCUGGGUGCUGUACUGCUCCGGCAAGGCCGCCCGGGACAUGAUGUUCAAGGUUCUGGCAGAAGAGGAGCCGGACCUGCGUGUGCUCAACUAUGCUCCAGGUCCUUUGGACACAGACAUGCAGAUGGUAGCUAGGACCAGAACAGGGGAAUCAACCUUAAGGAAAGCCUUUUCCGGCAUGUUUGACGAAGGCCAGCUGCUCACAUGCGAGGCCUCGUGCGCCAAGAUGAUGAAGCUGCUGCUGGAAGACAAAUACAAAUCGGGAGAUCACAUUGACUUCUACGACGUGUAGAUCGGGCAGCAGAGCACACGUUCGCUCAUUCGCUGGGUGCGGACCUGAUUUUUGACGCGCCUUAAAAGAUGUUCUGUGGUUCCACUUACCGCUACAAUGGAAGCUGCGUUUAUUUGGUGGCAAAUUAACGGCACGGUAUUUGUCAAGAUCUGUUUUUAAUCAAAUGUGCCGUCCCACUCUGUGAUUUGAAACUUUAAAAUGGACCAAAGCCUUAAUGUCUGUCUUUGCGGUAUUCCUCAUAUGUUGUGUGUCUCACUAAAGAUUUUGUUUUGUACACAUCAGGAACUAUGAAGAAAAAUUGUUGAGUGCUGUACUACCAUCUAUAUUACAUCACCAAAUCAAUAAAAUUGCACAAAUGAC